AUUAGAGACAGCGCGUCACCCGAGGAACCGUUUUACGCACGAGCCAAUACAGGCACAAGCCGACGGCUGAGAUUUUUUGACCUCCUUUUGCGCCAUGGAGAACUCCAGUCUGCCGGGGGGAAGUGCGCAAAAUGCUGAUUUGGUGGACUUUAUUACUUUGAAGCAAGUGGAUUCUCCGGAGGACGGUGUCAUGAAUUGGUUAGGAGUGGUCGGUCGUGCCAUGUUUCUCGAAGGCAGCGCUUAUAGGACUGCCGCUGUAGCCGAGUUUAUGGCCGUUCCACCGACGGAAACCUCUCACCUGAUGCCUGCCUUCUGGGACUCUCCGCUCAGUCAUGGCAUCAAUGUAUUCGUGGGACUGGUACUUUGCUUCACCAUGUUGGGGCUGGGCUGCACAGUGGAGAUCAGCCAGCUCGGAGAACAUAUCCGCCGCCCCAUCGGGGUGCUGCUGGCUCUGGUGUGUCAGUUUGUUAUCAUGCCCUUGGUGGCCUUUCUUUUGGCGCUAGCCUUUUCUCUGGAUGAUGUUGCCGCGAUGGCCGUUCUCCUCUGUGGCUGCUGCCCUGGAGGAAACCUAUCAAAUAUUUUGUCUCUCCUGGUCCACGGAGAGAUGAACCUAAGCAUCAUCAUGACCAUAUCUUCCACUCUGUUGGCUCUCGUUUUGAUGCCGCUCUGCCUGUGGAUCUACAGUCGAGCCUGGAUCAACACUCCUGUGGUUAACCUCCUGCCCUUUGGGGCCAUCAUACUGACACUUUGCAGCACCCUUAUACCCAUUGGGUUUGGAGUUUUGCUUAGGUACCGCAACACGCGUGUGGCCGAUAUUGUUUUAAAGGCUUCUCUGUGGUCUCUGCUGUUCACCCUUGUGUUACUCUUCAUCCUGACUGGAGCAAUGCUGGGGCCAGAGCUGCUGUCCACCAUCCCGCCUUCUGUCUACGUGGUGGCUGUCCUGAUGCCUCUGUGCGGCUACGCUGCAGGAUACGGCCUGGCAGUGCUCUUUGACUUACCGCCCAACAGCCGCAGGGCCGUGUCUCUGGAGACAGGGUGCCAGAAUGUGCAACUGUGCACCGCCAUCCUGAAGCUGGCCUUCCCCCCUCAGCUGAUGGGAGGAAUGUAUAUGUUCCCCCUGCUCUACGCCCUGUUCCAAGCAGCCGAGGCUGGCAUUUUCAUCCUGGCCUAUAGGAUGUACAGAAGGGAGGUCCUGCAUAAACCAGAUCCCAUGGUGGACGGCGAGGACACGGACAUAACAUAUCAAAGGUUUGAAGACGAGGACUUUGAGCCGUCAUAUGGUGCGGUCACAGUGAGCGACCCAAACACCAUCAUGUUGGAUCCAUGUCCUCCUGAUCCAACUCCUGUUUAA